AUGUAUGAGCUAGGUUUCACGUUAGGCUAUUGCCUUAUUAGGUACACAUAUUUCAAAGCAUAUGUAAGUGAAACUGCUGAGAAUCAGAAGCAAGUUCGUAAAUUACGUCGUAAAGAAAAUACAAUGGCUGAUGUGAUAGCAUCGCAAGGUAAGAGGAUAGCGAAUAGUGAUGGUUUGUUGAAGCGCCUGCGUACGGAGUUAGCGGCAUAUGAAUCAGGGACGAAGCAAGCUGUGUUUAGGGACAGGCGUGAUAGGCACCGUGCCGCCUGUCAUAAGCUGAAGCAGCGUAUGAUCAAUGGAGUUAAUCUGGACUCUAAUCUGUUAGCAGUAUUAGUAAGCGCUUCAGACAGUACCUUAGAAUGGCUUGACAAAGCUCAUAAGAAAGGUGAAAAAAUUCUACGCAUGGCAGCUCUAUGUAGAAAAUUCGAGACGCAACGAGAAAAGAUUCUUCCUUACGGAACGGAGCGACCUCAUUCCCCGACACAAACAGUUCGCAAGCAACAUUCAGAUGAUUCACUGGUGAUAAAUGCUAUUUCUACUACAUGCGGCAUGACGAGAAUGUGGCAGCGCGUAGCCAAAGCUGAAAUGACUAAACGGGCCUUAAUGCGCGAGAGAGAAUUAUUGCUACAGGAGAACCACAUGAUUGAGAACAAAUUGAAGAGUCUUAAGACACAGAAUAUUGAACCGAAGACAAGUGAAUGUCUUUGUAAUAAAAAUAAACAGAAAAAGGAAGUGUUUCAUCCAAAUGCGGUUGAAGGAGCGUUGGAAGCGAUUAAAAUAAUGAAAUUUAAUGCCCAAUAUAAAUGAUUAUAUUUUUAUUGAAUAAAUCUGCCGUUAACAAUG